GUUGGUGGGAGACGGUGCUGCGCAGAGACGUCCGCGGCCCGUGUUGCCAGAUAUAUAUCUAUGACAGAUCGUGCUGCCCCCUGUCGGCCCAAUCUGGCAACGCUGUCCGCUGCAUGUUGCCAAGUAACGACACAUUUACGCCUAAGAGAGAAUGCGGGUAAUUUCAGCGUGAGCUCCACGUUCAAAUGCACCUGCUGGUUGAGGUUAUCGCCACCUGUUGGCUAACGAGCUAACGAGCUAACUGGCUAACACAUGACCUGAAACCUAACGUCUGGAGCUGCAGACACAGUUUUCCCACAGGGUCGAUGGAUACUGGUUUAACUUGACCUGUAAACAAGAAUCAAGUGAACAUGAGCCAUAUGUGUGUCAGGGAUUCAUCAACCAAAGAAAAGAAGUCAUCAGAGACAACAUAUAAAAGCUGUUGCUCAGUGAACAGAUUCCCUGCAGACUGCAAAUGUUUAAACCGUUGCAGGACCGAUGGGCAGCCGAAAACGAAACGACUGAAAACUCGCAAGGAGCGGAGUCAGAUGAGAGGUGCGGGUACAGAGGCCUCAAAGACGAAAUCACAUCCCCAUCACUGCCAUCGCCACAGCAGUAAUGGCACGGCACAUUUCCCAAACUUUUGUCAUGGUAGCUGUAACUCAAGAAGAGAUGGGCCAUUUUCAAAGGUCGUUUCCACCACACAGGAACCCAGCAUCAUCACGAACAGCCGCCUGAUAGGACACCACGGCCUCUUCAACCACGAAGUGAAGUCUAUUGACAUUCAACGCUUGUUAAGCCAACAGGAGAGGUUGGAGAGAGGUGGACAGAAAGCACAAGAAAACCAUCCAUCUUUGACACCUCUCAUUCCCUCUCCAUUCUCCAGUAAUGGUUUGUUAGAAGCCGACACUGAUGAGGUUGUGCCAUUUGAGAAGAAAGAAGACCGUGCUGCAAAGACACGUGUUGAUUGCCAGGAAAAAGAGAAGCAAAUCCUUCAUGAAUCAGAUAUUACACCUGGGCAGAGACCACAGCAACAACUUGAUCUUUCAUCUGAAAGCUGUAGAAGCAUCUUCUCAUCCAAGAACAGCUCUUCUGAUGUUAUAAAGAAGGUCAACCCUGUCAUACAUGAGAAGGACCAAGAGUUUCGUCUAACUCCCACUGUUGACAGAGACAUUGUGAAGACAUCAUAUGAGAAGGUAAAGAAGAAAGUGAUUUCUACUCCAAAAAACCAGGAGCCUCCUUCUCAACACGCUCGUCAUCUCAGCCCAAGUCCACCUCAGCUCUUCAGCUCACCCACGACUGACAGCUUUCACACAGAGCACAGAAGACGAGAUCCUGACUUUAUAUCAAAGUCUGUCUCCGCAAUAGGAGCACGUUUGUGUGACUGUCUGCAGUUUCCACGUCUGAGGAGCAGAAACCUGCUCGCAGAGAGCAGGGAGGUGCUGCUGAAGGCUCUGAGGGAGAGGCAUGGACCCCGGCUUCAGGAGAACCUUCUCUUUCAGCAGCGACGCCUCCACUUUGGCACUGAUCUCACAAGCAGAGUGCAGGAUCAUGACCUGGAGCCAACCAUGACUUAUGAAAAUGAGCUCUCGUCUACAGAUGUAUCAGCAUUUCAAGCCGAUGCUGUUGGUCCGACAUGUUCUGACACCACAGCUUUGAGAGAAAUGAGAAGCAAGCAUUUUAAAAUGAAGUCCAGUCUGCAGCCACAGCAGAGCCUGAAAUCGACUGCUGUCUCAUUGACGAGGCCUGUGGAUACUUCCUCCAGGCUUUUGGGUGAUAUCGUCAGACUUGGUUCCUGUCCUCAGUUCCGCAUGAACGUUGAGUCCUCUGGAACUGCAGUAGGUGAUUAUUUGUUCACAUCCUCUCCCACCUCAUGCUGGGGAGACAAAGCCUCAGCAUCUCAGCAAUGGGAUGUCAGUCUCAACAGGACUAGAUGCAAAGAGUCCAUAAUUUUUGAUUCCUUUGACAACAGCUUAAGUAACCACACAGGAGCAUUUAGAGAGAAGAGCUGUGGGCCUCAGUAUAACGACACUCAGCCCCUCUUUCAUUGUCAAACACAGCUGGCAGAUAGACACUCAGCUGAGCCAAUGCGCUUUCCCCAAGACCCGUUUAAAACGGACAGAUUUUGUUUCACUUCUUCCUUCUCCUCCCAAAUUCACCAUCCUAAUCCGAGCAGCCGUUUCCAGACUUUCAGUCCCGCUUUAACUUGCCCCCCCCUCAGCUCCUACCACACAGACAUGAUCCACUACCCCCCAUCUCACAUGCUUGAAAGAGGCCCAGCACCUCACCUUUCUUCUUUACCAAGCCCUGAGCACUGGUCCUUCCCACCUAUGAAACUGUAUUGAUGUGUCGUCAAAUGCAUCUAAAAAAAAGUUUGUCUUUUUCACAGAUGUUGAAAAUAUUUGUUUGUUUGUGUGGUGGCAUUUUUAGCAUAAAAAGUAAAAACAAUAGCUGAUAUGUCAAGUUUCCUCUUUUAUUAAUUUGUCUUGUUUAACAGAUAAAGAAAAACACAAUUAGGAGUCUGUAUCUCUAGAGCAUUGUUUUAAUUUACAGAACACACUUUAAUUAACACGUGCUAUAAUGGGAAAUUCUGUACAGAGGAAUAUGUUUUGCAAAGGCUGUGCUAUUAUAAUAGUUAGUCAGUUAUUCUUUUUGUGUGGGGGCUGCAUUAACAUGCAAGAAACACAUUGUGCAAUUGUACAAUAGAGGAAUGCCAAACAUCAAAUAUACAAAAUAAAAUAAAAAUUCCGAUCACCA